AUUGCAUGAUUUAAGAGCGUCUUAGAUGAGUGGAGUUUUAGGGCCGUCUGUCUAACAUUUCUAAUUGCAUCACUCGCCUCGUUCGAAUUAAUCCCCUUUGCUAAUUUUUAAACGAUUGACUCCCAUUACAAUAUUCCUCAGUGUAUUGUGGGAGAAUAUUCGAUUUGGAAGUAGAGGAAAGUUUAUUCCGGGAUGGAUUUCAUCUUCUGGCAUUUGUUGUUCGUCCUUGCGGGGAUUGUCAGUGGUACAGAUAAUGAUUGCAAAUUUCGUCAGUUUUCCGACACAAGCUCUUACGUCUGUGAGUGCUCCGCCUCUCAUUGUGACGUCAUCGAAGAAUACACCCUCGACGAUGAAAACUUUGUAGUGUAUACUUCUGGAAAGCGAGGCUUUAGGUUGGAUAAAGAUGAGAUGCCAAUCAGAAAUCGACCAACCCCUAAUAUACCAGAUACGAGCAUUACGAUCACAAUUGACAGAUCAGACAAGUACCAAACCAUUCUUGGUUUUGGCGGUUCUUUCACCGAUGCAGCUGCGCUCAAUCUCUACAACCUAUCGUCUGGCAUGCAAGAUACCCUGCUGAGGGCGUACUUCUCACCUGACGGAAUUGAAUAUACCUUUGGUCGUGUACCUAUUGCAAGCUGUGAUUUUUCAACCAGGGAAUAUUCGUACGCCGAAAUACCGGAAGAUUUCAAUCUCGAUUAUUUCCAACUUGCCCCAGAGGACACCGAUUUCAAGUGCAAAAACUCCUACCUCGUCUUUCUUGUCCUCUUUCAAAUCCCGAUGAUCAAGCGAGCGUCAGCCAUGAGUUAUAGACCCAUCAAGUUGAUAGGUAGUGCCUGGUCAGCUCCAGGAUGGAUGAAAACAAAUGGUGCUAUGAAAGGAGGUGGUCGACUCAAAGGAUUGCCUGGCGGAGAAUACUACAAAUCAUGGGCACUCUAUCUUGCCAAAUUCUUAGAAGCUUACAGCAAUUACGGCGUUCCCUUCUGGGGUCUGACCGGAGGCAACGAACCCUCUGCGGGUCUGUUUCCAAACUGGGCCUGGCAAGCCAUGUUCUUCAGUCCAAGUCUGCAGAGGGACUUCAUCAAACUUGACCUUGGUCCAACCUUACGUGAACGAGGUCAUUUAGAUAUUCAGCUUACUAUUCUAGAUGAUCAGAGGUUUCUCCUUCCCCGUUGGGCAGAAGUGGUGUUGGAAGACCCCCUCGCCUCACAGUACGUAUCCGGUAUUGGACUCCAUUGGUAUUGGGAUGACUGGGUAGACCCUAGUCGUCUUAAUGCUACACAUCAUGCUUAUCCAGACUACUUCAUGAUAGGAACAGAGGCUUGCGAGGGCCACUUGGACAGGGAAAAGGAAGUCAUUCUUGGAAGCUGGGAAAGAGGAGAAGCAUACAGCUUUAACAUCAUCGAGGAUUUUGGCAAUUGGGUUGCUGGUUGGAUCGACUGGAAUCUAGCUCUAGACAUGAUUGGAGGACCAAACUGGGUGGGUAACUUUGUGGAUAGUCCUAUCAUCGUCAAUGCCGAGGAAGACGUGUUCUACAAACAACCAAUGUACUAUCACCUUGGUCACUUUAGUAAGUUCAUCACCCCUGGAUCGGUGAGGGUGGGGUCAUCGGCUGAUCGCGAUAGGUUGGUUGAGCAUCUAGCAUUCAAGCUCCCGGAUGGAAACAUGGCGCUUGUCGUCUUGAACAGGAAGGAGUUCACGUUUCCUCUUCAUGUCUAUGAUCCGGAUGUGGGUUAUCUCAACGCCGAGAUUCCAUCUCGUUCAAUUCAAACGUAUAUCUGGAAAUCAUAAUCUAAUAAUUUAAGAAAACAAUAAAAAUCUUAGUGAUUAUGUCGUUAAUAUUUACCACCUUGGAUAUAAAUACUUUGCUAUACAUCCUACUCAAUAAUUUAAUUCAUUAAUAUAAAUUAUUUAGAUCUACUAGGUUUACAGUUGAAAAUAACUAGGACUAAUCGUUUCAUUAUUGAAUCUGGACCUUAUUUAUGCGUUUAAUUGUUUCGUUUUCAGCCAUACCCUGAAUUUCUAUAUCUUCAUAUUAGUUCUGAACUACUGUACCAAAUUCAAAUUUUGUGCAAUUAAAUGAUGCAAAAAUUACUUAUUCUCCUGCAAAAAAUCAUGGUGUGCAUUAGAACAGUGAUUUCAGCUUAUAUAUCAUUGUCACAUUCCUGCACUAUUAAAGGUCAAGUCAACUUCAGAUAAAGUGUUGAUUUGAAUCAAUAGAGAAAAUUCAGACAAGCAUGAUGCUGAAAAUUUCAUCAAAAUCGGAUGUAAAAUAAGAAAGUUAUGACAUUUUAAAGUUUCCCUUAUUUUUUACAAAAUAGUUAUAUGCACAAUUUAAUCACAUGCAAAAGAGAGUAUCGAUGAUGUCCCUCUCUCACUUUUUCUUUUGGUUUUUAUUGUUUGAAUUACACAAUAUUUCAAUUUUUAUAGAUUUGACAAUAUGGACCAACUUGACUGAACCAUAAAAUGUUAGACAAUGGUAAUUCUACAUAUUCAGGGCAAAAUAAAACUUUGUUUCACAGGACAAUGAGGAGAAAAUUAGAAUAUUUUAUAUUUCAUAUAAUAAAAUUCCAAAUUAAUAGUGAGUGAGUGAUGUCAUCAGUUCCCUCAUUUGCAUACUGACCUGGAUGUACAUAUAACUAUUUUGUGAAAUGAAGCGAAACCUAAAAAUCUUCACUUUUCCUUUUUUAAAAGAAGGGGCCGUUUUGCAAUAGACAAAAAUAUACACAUAUUUCCAAAAAGUCCAUUUUCACUAAUAAUAUUUCAGAUUAUUUUUUAAUAUAUUUUUUUCAAUAAUACUUAAAUUAAAUAAAAAACAUUUCAGCGAAAUUAAAGAAUUAUAUUUCAUAUUAUUUCAAAUAAAACGGUAUCAAAUUUGCUCGUGGGAAUGGCUAUUCUACAGUCUAGUGAUAUUUAACUCUAUUAUUCUCUGGCUGUCAAACAGGAAAAUUAAUCUUUGAAAGAUAAACUUUGAUUUUUAUAUUCAGCAACAUAGAGAGAGAGAGAGAGAGAGUGUGUAAUAACACCAAUGCUCAGAUAUCAAUGUGUAAUGUUUUAAUUUCUUCUGAAGAUACAUGCAUCAAACUUUUCAGAGAUUAAGAAAUAUUACUAAAAUACUGGAUUAAUAGAUAGGAAACUGCUUCUUUGCUCAUACAUUAUCAAAGAGGGCUUACACAAGCAUUUGUACUAUCUUUAAGCCUCCGAUUGGGGUAUAGCGCGGCAAACCUAGGAAGGUUUGGAUGAGAAACGAACCACCUGCGAGUAUUUAUCUCCUCUCGUGAAAUAGAAGGCCACACCACCCUCGAAAGAUGUUGAUUUAAUGUCUUAAAAUGUCAACAUAAUGCAAAAUCCUUAGUAAAACGUUUUAUUGUAAAUACAGUCUAUAAUUAAUCCACUGCACUGGACCGCAAUGGAUAGGCCUUCAGUUCCCAUGUUUCAUUUAACCUAUGAAUUAAAUACAAAAUGCUGUAA